UUGCAAUUCUUCUCUCUCCCUCUCUCUUGUCUUGAGCUGAAACGUCCAUGGGGGGCAUCUUCUUUUCUUAGUCUUAGUUUCGUGUUUGAGACUGAAGACAGUCAGAUUAGAAAAACUUCCACAACCCUCAUUUUCCUCUGACCUUCCUUUUCUUAUUCUCCAAUUUCUUCAACCCUAGCUUUACUAAGAAACAAACAACUUCUGAGUAGUGGUUACUUAUUCUUGUUUGUUUGUUUUCAUUUUCUUCAUCUACGCACACCAUUAUUAUUCCCUUUGAUUUUUCCCUUUCCUUAUCUUUAUAUCCUCUUGGACUCGACUCAUUCUAGAUCCAUUCACCUGCAGACGCUAUAACUAUAUUUCUCCCAAUUAAAUCAUGGAUUUUGGGUCAAACAAAGAAGGUUUUGUUGAAGAAGAUCAGAUUCAGAUGGUUAAAGCUGCUAAACUUCAUUCCUCAUACUCUUCUUCUUCCUCUCCAUCAUCUUCAUCUUCUCACCAUCACUACAAGACCCAGCUGCUUCCUCUUAGCAACAACAACAGCAGAUGGGAACCUCACCACCAAAUGGGUCCUUGGUUGGGCCCAUCUGAUCAAGAAGAUCAUAACAACUCAAGGUCUACUGAAGAAGCUGUAUCUACAAAGCUUGAUCUCAUGGAAACAUCCCAAACAAACGUGGAUGAAGACGUCAGAAAUAGUGCAAGUGUUAGCAUCGAGAAGGAACACAUGUUCGAUAAAGUUGUCACUCCAAGUGAUGUGGGUAAGCUAAAUCGUUUAGUCAUCCCAAAACAACACGCCGAAAAGUAUUUCCCCUUAGAUUCUUCCACAAAUGAAAAGGGUCUACUCUUGAAUUUCGAGGAUCGAAAUGGAAAACCAUGGAGAUUUCGCUACUCUUACUGGAACAGCAGCCAAAGCUACGUCAUGACAAAAGGUUGGAGCCGUUUUGUCAAGGAUAAAAAACUAGAUGCAGGAGAUAUAGUGUCGUUUCAACGCGGGGUUGGUGAGUUGGGUAAAGACCAUCUUUAUAUCGACUGGAGGCGAAGACCAGAUGCAGCUAAUCCACCGCCUACGUUUCCUCUUCAAAACCACCAUCACUUGUCAUUCCACCGCUCCAUUCCUUGGAGUCCUUUACUAAUGAGACCUCCAAUCCCGGGAAUGCCCAGGGACCACUCGCACUUGUCACAAAUCAAUAAUUACUACAAUCGGAAUUCCUACUAUAAUGGUGGUUAUGGUAGUGGUACUGUUGCAAACCCUUCUUCAAUGGGGUCAAUUCUCUACUUGAGACCACAACCAGCUCAUAUAAACCCACAAGUCCAAAUGGGAAUGGUGGAGUGGCAACAACAACAACAGCUGCAACAGCUGCAACAACUACAUCAACAUCAACAACAGCAUCCAAUGGUGUUUGAUUCGGUGCCGGUGGUCCAAGGGAAGGCGGCAGCCAAGAGGUUGAGACUGUUCGGCGUAAACAUGGAGUGUCCCUUGACGGAGUCAGAUGAGUGUGACAUAUUGUCUUCAACAACAAUGACAAUUCAGCAGCCUUCCCAGAUUUCUUCAUCAUCACAAUCUCCUCUCCAAUUAAGGCUUUACAAUGGCACCCCAAUUCAAACAGCACCUAGCUUGCCAGCAGCUCCCGUCGACUUUCUCAACAAAGGGAAGGCUUCCAUGUCUUUUGAUUCAACAUCAUCAAUCUAACACAGUAUCUCUCGAAGAUGAAGAAAAAGGGAAUGGCUAAGACACGUAAUAGCUUUCUUUUCAUACUGUUCAGUUUAUAUUUGAUGAAAUCUCUUCAUGCUCACCAAACACCCAGCAGACGAUGGUGGUGUAUCAAUAUCUAUCUAUACUUAACAAUUUAAUAACGAGAAUGAUCAAGGGUGGUGGAACAAGCUGAUGAUUUGGGCUUCGCCAAGAAACUGGAUAGAGAUGAAAGAAGUACCGUCUUCGUCGAUUAACUCGUGUAAAUUUAGAUAAUACAUGAUUAAUAUUAUAUAUUUAUAUAUUAUAUAUAAAUAGAUGGAUAGAUAGAAAUGAAUAGGGAUGAGAUAUAGAUUUGAUUUGAUUUUUUAUCAAGGGCGAGAGAGAGAUGAGAUGUGAUGUGAUGUUUACCUUUUCUAGGCCUGGUUUCAGCAAUGUGUAUCCAUCCGACUGAAUUAGUUUCAUUGGAAGAUCUUUUAUUCUCUUUGGCUCACAAUUACUAACUCUAGACGCUGUUAUCCUGUAAUAACAUUAACAAACUUUCCUGGCUCAGUAACUGCGCACACCGCUAGCUACCUGAUGUUAUUAAAGUUUUUAGCUCUCUUUUGUCUUUACCUUGCUAGGUUGUUGUUCUUGUCGCUGAUUCGUUGGGCACACCUCAGGUUUUGCAGACAAUUUGCCAGAGCUUUAAAAG